AAGAGGUCCGUUCGUUCCUUCGUUCCUUCGUUGCUUCGAUCGUUCCUUCGUACGUUCGUUUCCUUUGGUGCCAGCAGCGCUUUUCAGUUGUGGAACCGAGAACCACCGAGGACCACGGAAAGGACAAAUAAGAGGAGCAUAGAGAAGUCUUCGUCCUUGAACCGUUCAGUUGAAGGUUUCCGUUGGCCAUCCUUGUACUGAUCGAGAGCGUAAGAAGAAGACGAUUUCGACCGCGGAACAACCCAAGUGCCAACCGAACUCGAUUGUGUCGAGAACAGACGCUUUUACACAGAAUUUAUUGCUGGAACAGAGACCCUCGUAGUCCUUGCUUGGUCAGAGGCAGAUCGGGGGACUUGAUCCUUGAAUCACUCGACUCUCGAGUGGAUGACAUGAGCACUUCCACUUUAUACAAGGCCGACCGUAGUCAUAGUGAAGUGGGAGAUACUCUUAGAUAUUUCAAUUCCGUCUCAGCCUCAAAAAGUUGGUGUGGCGAUGAGUUCUACCAAGGCGACAGUUACCUCAAGAAAAUAACGAACAAGAAAAAGAAGAGUCGGUCCAACUCAAGUUCGUCCCAAUACCUCGGUUCCAAACCCGGCAUCGCAUUGAACAUCCGAAACAAUUCUAUCGGAGGCUGCCAUUUCGAUCGAAUCCUUGAUGAGUCUCUGUUGAGCGAAUACGACCUUCGUCAGCUAAACCAAGCCCUCCAAUCUCAUUCCGCUCCAAUCUCGAUAAAAGGAAGUCAGGCCUCGAGUCGAGAAAUCAUUUCCAUAGUCCUCCACCCUCCCGAUGAGGAACUCUCAGAGGGACUCAACCAAGAGGAACAUCUUGAAGAGGUCCAUUUGAUAUGUGCCAAUCCGAGUGUCCCAUCGUCGGGUGGAACUCACAGCGCUCCUUCCUCGUUGGACUGUCCUUCGUGUCAAACUGGCCUUUCGGUUGGCAGCACCACCCUUGGCGGAGACAAAGAUAAGGACUCCAAUGCGUCCUCACAGUGUUCUUGCGUCCCCGUUGCCAACAACAGCCCAUCCCAGUCCCAACCACAACUAACAUCCAAUCCUCUGCUUUUGGACGCCAUCGCCGCCAUGAGAAGCGAAGAUUCGGCUGUUCACUUCGGAUUUUCUCCGGAUGAAAGAGAGGAUUCCAUCGGAACCACCACGGUGGUGCUUCCCGCUCAGGUGUUGGCCUCAUUGAGGCGACAAGACAGCUCAAGAUCGUACCUUCGGAACCAACCAUUUCUCACACGAAUGCUUCCUUGUAUGAAAUCGCCCACGUUUGAUAAUCUUAAUGCUGAAGACUCAUUAGAUGUUAGGCUGGAUUUGGGUGAUGACGAGUUGGCCAAUACCUACAGAGACACUUUAGCCAAGACCAAGCAGAAGUAUUUGGUCAUGGACGCUUCCACAUGGACCGACCGCAUUGUCACCGGCUCCCUCAUCCUCAUGACCAUGAUAGCCAUUUUGGGUUUGUUCUGGUUUCAGAAUUUCGGUCCAGGCUUCCAUUUUAGUAACCAUUGACGGGAAACAAAAAAAACCAUAUUUCUGUACAAUAAAAUGAUUUAAAGGAAACAUACCAAAGAACAACACGAAACGCCCGUUUCAAAUGUUGUGAUGCACCUCAUUGGAGGAAAGUCAUUUUUUGUUGGGUAGCUUUUGCUUGUGACUGUUGCCGGCUUACCACGUACCACGUCAGUCAGUGAAUUCUUGAGAAGUUCCUCCAUUUCAAAUUCGUCGGGUACCAACAGCUUCAUGGGCAACACCAAAACGUGGACGGCUAGCUACCUCUCAAUGCAUGCAUGAGACAGAGAGAGAUGCUCACCAAUGCAUACUUAGGGAAAGCUUUGGUUUCUCCCGGCUCUCCCCUCACCUAGUAUGUACAUACGUACAGUAGUAGGUAUGAACGCCGGUGAGAUGCACACACGGACGGCUAGGAAAAGUCGAGCUUGGGGCAUC